CUAUUUCAGUCGUCUCACGCAGGCCCCCUCCUCUUUCCUUCCAGACUCCCUCCUGACUACAAGUGUCUCGGACAGGAUCCUCUCAGAGGGGCUGAGUGCGGGGGUCCCAGCUCCCCGGAGUGGGGCUGAGAUUUGCCGUGGCUCUGGGAUAGACCGUGACUUUCCAGAAGCCAGGGAAGAUGCUAGCUCUGAACGUUUCCAAGACAGCCACCCUUUCUGCACAUGCCAAGAAGGCUGUUAUCAGUGAAAAAGCAGACCCAGCUUUCAUGUGGAUCAGCCAAGGGAAGUCAAUUUAGAAGAUCAAGUCAUCUACCUUGGGUUUAAAGACGUUUUCUAGGAGGGAACCCCCAGGUCAAACCAUCAGCACCAGACGGGGGCAGGAGAACCCAACGGGCUUCCUUUGGAGGACAUGAAUUUGCAAGCGGACAGUGUGUGUAGGAUACACAAGGCGGAGCUAUCAUUCUUCUGCGUGGAGGAUCAAAGUCUCAUUUGCAAGGUCUGUAGAACUGCCAGAGAGCACAAGUCGCACAUGGUGAUUCCCAGAGCGGAGGCUGAAGCCAUGGGAAGCACGGUCACUGGAAACACAUCAGUCAGGGAGAAGACCUUUCCAAGGCCAGGGUCAUCUUCUGCUGUGGACAGCCAUCUGAGUAUUGUUGAGCUGGCCAAGGAGGCUGUGGAUGAGGACACAGCCAUGCUCAAAGAGAACAACCCAUCUGGCUUCAAGAUGCAGCGGUUUCUGGUAUGGACCAUCCUGAUCAUCUUCCUCAUUGCUAUUGGUGGACUGGGCGCGACUAUAUUUGUUUUUACGAGAGCAUCAGGGACCAAUGAGCCAGCUGACCAGAGGCCUUCCAUAGUCCCCUGCUGCCCCCCAGGCUGGAUUGCAUCCCUGGGGAACUGCUACUACCUCUCUGAGGAGGAAAAGAGCUGGGACCUCAGCCAAGACCACUGCUUCUCCCACGGUGCCUCCUUGGCGGUGGCCAGUAGCUUGGAAGCUCUGGCCGCCGUGCACCGGGCAGGCGCCUCCAAUCACUGGAUUGGACUCCGAAGGGAUCCAGGCCAAUCAUGGAGAUGGGUGAACGGCGCUGAAUUCAACCACUCCAGCUUUGAAGUGCAUGGAGGGGGGUCCUGUGCCUACCUCACUGCCAGCGGUGUGGACAGCGCGAAGUGUAGCACCGAGAGGAGGUGGGUCUGUGGAAAAGUUGUGGAGCCAGCUAGAAGACAGACGGACCCUAACGAAAGGGCCCUGAGAUACUAGGAGGACCUCCACACUUAAGCCUGGGCCCCAGAAACAACUCAGUGGAGUCAGACGCUCCUCACUGCUUGGUGACCCCAGUGCAAAGCUCUGUAGUGUACUACGCAAGACACUUUGCUCCCUCUAGCCAUCCCAAUCAAGAAGGCUUCACAGCUCCUCAUCUAUCCAUCGCCUGCAGGGCUACAAGACAAGCCAGGACCCUGCUGAGAGAUUCCCACCUUCUCCAAGGUACUGAUGAGUUAGAACCAGUCAUCAGUGUGAUUCUCUGGAACAAGGACCUCAGUGGGUCCCCAAGGACUUCCCUGGUUUAGUAUUUCUGGCUUCACAUUGCAAUGCAAAGCAAUAAAACUCCAGAGGAGAAGCUGGUUUGUGAGGAAUAGGCAUGUCUGUCCUUCUACAUGGCUUUUCUUUCCUGCAAGAGAUGCUUCCUGCCCCUUGGCUGGCAUUUGCCAAAGAACAGCAGGUUGGGAAGGAAGUGAAGCAUGCCUGGAGGAAGACACUAACAAUGGGCAGAAAUAUUUUCCCAGUAAAUGCUUUCCAGGGCAGGCCUGCAUGACUUUGUUGUCCUAUCUAACCUACAUCCCCCAAGACAGGGACCCAAUGAAGCUGAAGACUCCACAGUGGUGGCAUCUCACAGGACCUGUAUCUCCUCUUCUUCCUUUCUAAAUCACACUUCAUGGGCCAGACUAUAUUUCCUACCAGGCCCAGAUUCUCCUUUCUCAGCAGCCAUUGCUUCCUUGAAGUUAAGAGUCCAGCUACUCCCAAGGAGGAGGACAGUAGCCCUCACACCCCAACAGCCCCUCUCAUGGAGUACCACAGCAGCAUUUCCAAAUUAAAAGCAAUAUACUGGUU